CUUCUCUAUUCCAUCCUUAACGUUUCUCCUUCUCCGGAUAAUAUAUUGGCGGGGAAGGGAGAGUUUCUUUGAUUAAUUGUCCCUUUUGAAGGGAUUCACGCGCGACAAGAUGAUGGGCAAAGGCAAAGCAAUAGUCGCCGGUGUUUCUCUAAUUCUGGUGGUUGGUGUAGUGGUUGGUGUCGUCGCGGGCAUAAGCCGUUCCGGCAAGUCCACCAAUGAUGCCUCCGGUAACAUCGACAACAACUUGUCUACAGGAAUGAAGGCUGUUAAGACAAUCUGUGAACCUACUGAUUACAAGGAUGUUUGCAUGCGUACCCUUGGGACGGUUGCCAAUAAUGGAACUGCUAACCCUAAGGACUUUAUCAAGGUUGCUGUUUCCUCCACCAUGGACGUGGUGAAAACUGCCAUGGAAAAGGCCACCACCCUCAGUAAGAAUAUCGACAAUAGCACCCAAAAGAAUGCCCUAGCAGACUGUAAUGAAUUGCUGCAAUACGCCGUCGAUGAUCUCCAAGAGUCGAUCUCGAUGGUGGGUGAUAAUGAAUUGAAGACGGUGAACGAACGCGUGGCUGACCUUACCAACUGGUUGAGUGCUGUGGUCGCUUACCAGCAGACAUGUCUAGAUGGAAUUUCACAUCCGGAACUGAAAUCGGCCAUGGAAAACGGUGGGAUCAUCAAUGCCACCGAAUUGACAAGUAAUGCACUAGCCAUCGUUACAGAGAUUGCCAACAUCCUUAGCGCCUUCAACAUCCCUAUUGACAUCAACCCCAAGUCACGACGACUCUUAGAGGAAGAGACCACUGCACUUGACGGCGAAGGGUUCCCCACGUGGUUCUCGGCAGCCGACCGCAAGCUUCUGGCCGCCCGAGGUGGAGCCCAGAUGAGACCCAACGCAGUUGUCGCCAAGGACGGUAGCGGCCAGUACAAGACAAUCACUGCAGCUCUGAACGCUUACCCUAAGAACAACAAAGGCAGGUACGUCAUCUACGUCAAGGCUGGGAUCUACGACGAGUACAUCACCGUCACCAAGGAUCAAGCUAAUGUCUUCAUGUACGGAGAUGGCCCCAGGAAGUCCAUCGUCACUGGGAACAAGAGCAACAAGGGAGGCUUCGGCACGUUCAAGACGGCCUCCUUCUCUGCAAUAGGAAAAGGGUUUAUAGCCAGGGGGAUGGGAUUCAGAAACACAGCGGGUCCGGAAGGGCACCAGGCAGUGGCUCUCCGCGUCCAAUCGGACUUCGCAGCCUUCUACAACUGCAGGAUGGAUGGGUAUCAAGAUACCUUGUACGUACAGACAUAUCGUCAAUUCUACCGUAACUGCGUCGUUUCUGGGACCGUGGACUUCAUCUUCGGCGAUUCUACGACGGUGAUGCAGAACUGUUUGAUUAUCGCCAGGAAGCCCAUGGACAACCAACAGAAUACAGUGACUGCCCACGGGAGAGCCAUCAAGCGUGAGACGACAGGUCUGGUGAUCCAAAAUUCCCGCAUCGUCCCAGAGCAGAAGCUAUUCCCUGUUAGGUUCAAGAUCCCCACAUUCUUGGGCCGCCCAUGGAAGGAGUACGCAAGGACGGUGAUCAUGGAGUCUACAUUGGGUGACUUCAUCCAGCCUGCGGGAUGGAUGCCAUGGGAUACCACUGGCUUCGCACAAAGCACCUGUUACUACGCCGAGUACGCCAACAGGGGACCCGGUGCAAGGACUAACAGGAGGGUCCGAUGGAAGGGUGUCCAUGUUAUCACUGAUAGAAGAGAGGCUGCUCAGUUCACCGCCGGUCCUUUCCUUAGUGGACACUUAUGGUUGAGGGCCACCGGUGCACCUUUCCUCCUUGGAUUCAAACGAUGAUUUAUUAAUUUCUCCUAUUUGGAUAUUAUUUCCAAAAAAAAAAAAGAGUGUGAAUAUGUAUUAAUUUGGAUUUGGACACAAUGAAAGUGAAAAUUGAGCUAGACAUGAAUUAACCAUGGAGACAGCAACAAAGCAAUAGAGAGAGAAGAGAAUCAAUGUUAUUGUCUUUCCUUUUAAUUUCUUGUAGGAGGAGCGGGUCAAAGCAAAGCAACAAUGUAUUGCUUUUACUUAAUAAAUUUAUUUUAUCUAUCGACUUUGAUUUUA